GUUCACUGUUUUGUGUGUGUGUGUACAUGGUGAGAAGAAACUGCCGUUGAGUGUCUGUCUGUAACGAGAUGACAGCUGAUUCUUCCCACUCGCUGCGUGCCCCGUCACUCGCCACCUUCACGCUGAGAUAAAACGCUCGUUCUCGGCAGGACUGUGACGAAAGACACGGCUUCUGAAUAGAGGGAGGUGAAGUGUAGCUUCUAGGAAAAAGUUGUGUCGAUACGAGAAAAGCAGCAGCUCUACCUCGACCACAUCAGCAAGACUGGAGGAGUGUGGAUAUCUACUGGGACUAGCUCUAUAAGCCGGACACCACUUCUGGAUAUUUCAACAAUACACAGGUAUUCCAAGUACAGCCGAGUGGCAUAGUCUUGGGGUAUUCCCUUGGGUCCUCUCUUGGUAGGACAUGCCCGGACCUCACCUCUUGGAGAUAUCUGAACAAGGUGAUGAGUAAUGGAAGCUGGGUCACUGGUGCGAGCCGUGUUUGAGUUUCUGCCCAGCGUCUCUGAGGAGCUGCCCCUCUUCACUGGUGAUGUCAUCGAAGUGCUGAGCGUUGUGGAUGAGUUCUGGUUGCUGGGAAACAAAGAUGGCGUCACAGGUCAGUUCCCCAGCACCUUUGUGGAAGAGAUUACCAUUCCCAGCACCAAACCUGGAGACUGUCUCUACGUAUGCAUCAACGAUUUUGCCUCAGCGGAACCUGGAAAACUGUGUCUGAAGAGAGGUGAUGUGGUUGUUGGAGAGGCAGGCCCAUCGAAGAGCGUUGGGGAACCAUGGCAACGUGGCUGUAACGCCUGGGGCGUCCGUGGUCUCUUCCCCACAUCGUGUGUUCAAGAGCUAAACCUGUCUUGUCAGUCAAAGCAGCUGUCUGAACGCUCCGCUCAGGCCCAUGCCUCAGAUCUGCCACCUUAUGCCCUGGGCCAGGCACGCGCCCUGAUGAACCUCCACGCACAACUAAAUGAAGAAUUGGAUUUCCGUGAAGGGGAUUUGAUUAUCAUCACCGCUCUGCCUGAGCCGGGCUGGUUUGAGGGAGAACUUGACGGUCGCAGGGGAAUCUUCCCUGAGGGGUUCGUGGAGGUCAUCGGUUUGCUCAGAUCUCCACAAGAACCCGAGGAGUGCCAGUAUUUACACAGUGACACGCAACAGCUAACGUACGAGGACCCUUAUGAUGCAGUAGAAGCGCCAGAGGAGAGCAUGGAGGAAGGUGAGGAUUUUCUGGGGGAGGAAGAGAAGCAAAGGGAAGAUGUAGCUGAAGAAGAAGGUGGAAUUUACGGUGUGGCAUUGUAUAACUUUCGAGCCAUGGAGCCCGGCGAGUUGGACUUUGAUGUUGGCGAUCGCAUCCGAGUCAUUAGCACUUUGGAAGAUGGCUGGCUGGAGGGUGAGCUCAGGGGGCGGCAUGGUAUUUUUCCUCAUCGGUUUGUCAAAAUGGAAAACACUGAAAAUGCCGAACAAACAAAUGCAGUCGAAACAAAAGAAGAAAAAGAAUCGAGCUUCGCUUCUGAAUGCAGUCCUGGUCAUUUGUGUCCCAAUGGAUCAGACAGUGGUCUAUAUAAGGACCAUACAGUGUGGGACCUGGAUUACUUUGAGAGGACUGAGGAGAAAGGUGUGCCAAGUGAAAACACAACCCAGACUAACAGCAGAACACCGGAGAGAGAAGAGGCUAAAAGGCCUGACUCUCAGCCUCAUAGACCUGCCGCUGUAGAACAGAAAGGACAGGAAAGACGUAAGUCCAUUCCUCCAGCAAGACCAAGGCUCCCGCCACGUCCUAGCCCACCUUCACGUAGUAACCAGCAACAUAGCCCAUCUUUAAACACAACCCAGCGCUCUAAUUACACUAACGGUGACAAACGAGUGCUGCAGCCCAAACGAUCUCACAGUUUAACCCUGCCUCACACUCAGCGUGGCUGGUCCAAAAGCAGCAGACACUACCAGAGACCAGCACCAGAUGUUGGCACCCGCAGCAACAGAGGUGUCAGUCAGGAACUGAUCCACCUCAUAGAGGACCAUAAGCAGAAGCAGUUAGCUCCCCAUGCUAAUGGCAGAAAUAAUGACGUGAUGACGGGCAGUGCUUAUUCCCCUCAGACAGUUCAUACCUCCAAUGGAUUAACACCGAAGUCCUUUACCUUUGAGUCGCUGGCAGCAGCAUCCACCGACUUGGAGGCAAAACUCUCCCAGCAGCUUUUUGAAUUUGAGAAAAGUUUGACGUCAUCGUACAGCGAUGCUUGCAUACGUUCUGUAGGGGACCAGAGCCGACAAUCCCAUAUCUCCCGACACUACUCGAUUCUAGAUUUCAGCAGCGAGAGGGACAUCAUCCGAGGCUCCGCACAUUCCCCUGUAGACGACCACGUGCAAUCGAAAUCCGCUUCUUCCACACUCGAGAGGCGUCGAUCACUACGCCCUCCUCCCCCACGUCCGAGAGCUCUUCGUCCCCCCGCCCCAGCGUCAUACAAACCUGCACGCCCCGCUCCACGUCCUCCUCCGCGCUGCCCAAGACAAAACACAGCUCCCCCAACCUGCCACUCCGCAACGAGCACCCCUAUGUUCUACACUCCCGAUGAGUCGGCCUCACACCAAACAAGAGAGGGACAUGCUGAGUUUGGUGACCCAGCUUCCCAAGAGCAGGACAGUCAGUCCCAGCUGGAAGCGGAAAACACGCAGGAAAGAGAGAGGGAACUGGAGAAUCAGAAACGAAGGGAAGAGGAGGAAAGGUCCUGGCUACUGCUACGACUACAGGAGGUGGAGCACGACAUGGAUGCUUAUGCUCACACAGCAGAGGAACUCCGAGCCAUGCUGGAAGAGGAGGAGGAGGAAACGGCCCGCAUGCAAGCCAUGGAGAAUCUGGAGUUCUGCAAUUACACCUUGGAGACACUGGCCCUGGAACAGCAGCAGCUGCAAGAAAUGACACUCCUGUCCUCUCAGCCCAAACCCCUGGACCUGGCCACGGCCUCGGACGCCAGUCCUGCCGCUGACACCAGUGCGGAAGACCCAGGGCAGAGGAUGCUGGAGAAGAGGUCAAAGGUCAUUGAGGAGCUUCUGCAGACAGAGAAGGACUACAUCAAAGACCUGCAGAUGUGCGUCAAGGAAAUCAUCGAGCCGCUGCGAAAGAAGCAGGUGAAGAACGUGGACUUUGAGGGGCUUUUUGGCAACAUCGGCUCCGUCAUCGACCUGUCACAGCGGCUCUUCGAGGCGCUGCAGGAGAGCGACUCUAUAGGAAGAGUAUUUCUGGACUUCAAAGGUGAGGUGCUGGACGUGUACAAGAUCUACUGCCAGAACCAUGACGACGCUAUCUCUCUGCUGGAGAGCUACGAGAAAGACGAAAACAUCCAGCGUCAUGUGCUGGAGUGUCUGGACAGACUGAGGGGUAAGACGAACUACAUCAACCUGGGCUCUUUCCUUAUCAAGCCAGUGCAGCGGGUGAUGCGUUACCCGCUGCUGCUGAUGGAGCUGCUGGGGGCCACGCCGGAGAGCCACCAUGACCGGCCGCAGCUGACCGAGGCCCUGCAGGCUGUCAAGGAGAUCAACGUGAACAUCAACGAGUACAAACGCAGGAAGGACCUUGUGUUGAAGUACAGAAAGGGAGACGAGGACACUUUCAUCGACAAGAUCUCCAAGUUGAGCAUGCACUCCAUCAUCAAGAAAUCCAACCGGGUCAGCAGCCACCUCAAGCACCUCACAGGGAUUUCGCCACAGAUCAAAGACCAAGCGUUCGACGAGGUUGAGAAGAGGUUCAGACUGCAGGAGAGACUCAUCAAGUCUUUUAUCCGAGACAUUUCACUGUACCUACAGCACAUCAGGGAGUCGGCCUCCGUGAAGGUCUUGGCCGCCAUCAGUUUCUGUGACAUCUACACCGAUCGCAGCGUUCCAGACCCUCAACGCUUUGAGAGAGCCCACCGCUGCAUCACCGACAAACAGUUCACAGAAUUUAAGGAGCGGACAGAGGCCCUGGUCAUCAACCCACUCACCCAGCUCCUCCUCAUGUUCGCUGGACCGCACAAGCUCAUCCAGAAGCGCUUCGACAAGCUGCUGGACUACGACAACUGCAAGGAGCGAGCCGACCGCCUCAAGGACCGCCGUGUGCAGGACGAGCUGCAGGCCACGCGCAACAACUACGAGGCGCUCAAUGCCCAGCUCCUGGACGAGCUGCCCGUGUUCCACACUGUAGCGGAGGAGCUGUUCAUGGGCUGCGUCAGGGCCUUUUCUCAGGCUCAGAAAGACUUCAUAAGGACUACGCUGGGGGAGUUGAAGCCCAUCCUUCAGAUGUUCUCUAACAACACCGGCAAAGAGGGAACCAUAAUAGCACAGUUUCAGGAAGAAUACGGCCGCGUUCUCCAACUUCUGCAGAGCUUCAGCUUCUGUCCGGAGAACCUGCCUCCAGCCGUCCCCGUGAAGAAGCCCUUUGAGAAAAAGACUCAGGAGAAGCAGACGUCUAAAAAGACACUGCAGAGCCCUCCAAUCAUCACACAGACGGAGGAGCACCGUGCAGGACUUCUGGCUCGCUUCGGCCCGGACAAACUCUUCCAGGCUGAGAGGAACUUUAACGCUGCCCAGGAUCUGGAUGUUUCCAUACAGGAGGGAGACCUCGUGGGCGUCAUCAAGCAGCAGGAUCCCAUGGGCAGCAACAACCGCUGGCUGAUAGAUAACGGAGUUACCAGAGGCUUUGUGUACAGCUCCUUCCUGAAACCAUACAACCAGCGGCGGAGCCAGUCGGACGGUUCCAUCGGCUCCUCCAACGAGUCGGGCUACGGCGGCUCCUCCCCAGUUUUCUCCCGCCAGAACAGCAACAGCACACUCACCUUUAACCAGGACACGGCCACCGUCAGCUUCUCCACCUCUCAGAGUCAGUCGUCUCCACACCCGUCAGUGGACUCGACCACCACUUCUCGCCUGAACCACCACAGAGAUGCUGCCCCCCCCGACUCCACUGUCAACGCGUCGAACAGAAAGGAAGCUUCAGAGCAGACAUAUCGAAGCUCCUCUGGUCACAGAGACACUGAACAGCCGUACAGGCACUCGGCCAAUCACAGAGAUCCCUAUGAAACAGGUCACGCGACCUCCAGUAGCCACAGGGAGGCGUCGGAGCUGUCCGAGACCGAUUCUUCAUCUUCUUCACACAAAAAUCACGCACAGCGGCACGGACACUCGGACAAAUCAUAUGGCUCAUAUCAGCGAAGAAAUGAGGAUAACGGACGUGAAAAGAAGGCUGCUUAUCACAGAGACGAGUACUCUGACCCAAAACCAGAAGCAGAACCUGAGAGUGAGAUGGAUGGUCAUCAGAUUUAUUACGCACUCUACUCGUUCAGUGCCCGAUGUGCCAAUGAACUGAGCAUCACUGCCAACCAGCAACUGCGGAUCCUGGAAUUCCAGGACAUGAACGGCAACAGCGAGUGGUGGCUCGGAGAAGCCGAAGGACAACGAGGCUACGUGCCUUCAAACUACAUCCGGAAAACAGAAUACACAUGAACAAGCCCUGUGGACGAUGUCGCAGUGACAUCACUGACAGCACUUUGGCCUGAUGAAGGCUUUCUAUGAGCAGACGGAACAAAGGACUGGAUCUGUGGUCCUCGACUCUGACAUUGAGGAGCGACCUGCUGCUGCUGCUGAGCUCCUGAAUAAUAGUGGGACAAGUAAACAUUUUUAUUUUUUAUUUUUUUAUUUACUGGAAACAACAGCCUAGUUGUUGUCAUCAGUUAAAAAUCACUUGAUUUGCACCAUUUUUUUAGUUGCCACAACAAUAAAUUGUACUCUCCGGAAGAUUAGUAUAGUGGGAGACUGCAAUGGAAAUGAAAAGGACUUGAUGUUGAAAUAAUACUCUUACGGCUGUACUGUUCAAACAAUCUGAGGCACUUAAUGCUGAUCCUGUGGUUUCCAGUUUGGAGUGUCUGUGGAUCCACCAGUAAGAAUGGAAAGAUGAUUUCUGUAUGCAAUUGUUGCAAAUCUUCGGUCCACAGAGUUGAAUGACAUUUGAAAAUGGUGUUUACAAGUUCUGCUCCUGGACUCUAUUUAACUAGGUUGACACUGUGUGAACAGGCGGUGAGCCAUUGACCUGUGAGAGGUUCACAGAGUGAUCUUAUCAUCUUUUACACCAGGGGUCUCUGACCUUGUUUUCCUCUCAGAGCUACUUUUACAAAAUAAAAAUGGCAGAGAACUAC